GUCGGUUGAACUGUAUCUUCCGAUCACCGCAGCAAUGAGGCCGAGGGUGAGGGACCUAACACCUAGGUACCUAGGUACCUAAUGUUGCGGCCUCAGGUAUCAAAGGUGGCCAAGCAGGUACUCUCCGAGUGCCUGCUCGGGCCGUUGGAAACGAGAAGGCCGAAGAAUUCUGUGGAGGUUUCGUCCGGGUAUUCUAACAAGAUAAAUUAGCAUGGAAGAUACAUGGAAGAUACAUAUGCGCCUUUGCCGGCGGGGUAGGUUGAUGGUCCUGCCUAUUUGAAAUUUAGAAUUGAGCCACAACUGCCCCACCCCUUCCUUUUUUGUGCCGGUGGGAAGAAAUUCCGUGACUCAAGCAAAAAAACGCUGUAUCCUCCCGCUCUUUUUUUCCCUCACCUUCCAUCGCCAUCAACACUGCUGUCGACAUCAGGUAUUGCUGCAGAUAUGGCGCCCUUCGGAACGAUCUACACCAAGGAGCUCAACCCCCGCACCACCGCCAUCCUAGCGGUUGCGAAGGCCAAUGGCCUCGACCUGGAUGUCGUCGAGGUUGACACCACCAACCCGACGCCUGAGUUCCUCAAGGUGAACCCUCUCAGCAAGGUCCCUGCUUUCGUUGGGAACGAUGGCUACGUCCUCACCGAGUGCAUGGCCAUCGCCAUCUACCGUAUGUACCUGACGACAGUAUCUCAAUAACCACCAUUCCCAUUCCCAUUUCCAUCCCCAUCCCCAUCACCACCCUCACUCCGGGGCUGCCGGCGUACGUGAUGACCUAGACAUUAUUCUAACAGUUAUCCCUAUCUGAAAUAUUUCUGUGGAUAUUGGUUCUACCUUCUGAUUAGAUCGCCUCUCCUCCACCCUCCUCGUCUCGUUGGCAUUCACUGAGAACGGAGAGGUAGAAAAUACUAAUAUUAUUUCCUUCUCCAGUCACCUCGCAGAACGAGAAGACCACCCUUCUCGGCAAAACCAAGCAGGAGUACGUCAGGGUGCUUUGAGUGCCGUUGGUAGUGUCGCCAGAUCUGCUAACAUGGAGUAGCUACGCGUCUAUUUUGAAGUGGAUGUCCUUUUUCAAUACCGAGGUUCUCCCCAAGCUUGGUGCUUGGUACCGCCCUCUGCUGGGUUGGGACCCGUACAACAAGAAGAUCGUGGAUGAAGCCUCCAAGGGGGCUGCUAAGGUAGUCUCGGUCGUAGAGCAGCACCUCCUCAACAACACCUACCUCGUUGGCGAGCGCAUCACCCUCGCGGAUCUGUUUGCCGCCAGCAUCAUCUCGCGCGGCUUCCAGUUCUUCUACGACAAGACGUGGCGUUCUGAGCACCCUAACGUCUCUCGAUGGUACGAGACUGUCUACAACCAGCCUAUCUACACCAAUGUCGCCAAGCCCUUCGUGCUUCUAGACACCCCGAAGUUGACUAAUGCCCCCCC